AUGGAAAAUCCUCUUCUCUUGCUGUGUUUCUCCGUGGUCUUAUCUUCUUCACUUGCAUCUUCAGUUCGUCUCGCUUUGCGUGAAGGCUCCUCCCUUUCAGUUGAUAAACCGGGCGAUACUUUGGUGUCGGAAGAUGGCACUUUUGCCGCUGGCUUUCGUCCGGUGGGAGAAAAUGCUUAUGGCUUUGCCAUUUGGUUCAGCAAACCAUCUUGCAGUAUCCAAAACUGCACCGUGGUUUGGAUGGCGAACCGCGACUGGCCCGUCAACGGAAGAUCCUCGAAGCUUUCUUUAAGAAAGAAUGGUGACCUUGUCUUGAUCGAUGCCGAUCGUACGGUCAUUUGGGCCACUAGCACCGGUUCGUCCUCCAGGUCAUCGAUGAAGUUGCUGCAGCUCCUCAACACGGGCAAUCUUGUCCUUUGUGACAAACAGAACGUAGUUUCGUGGCAAAGCUUCGACUCACCGACCGACACACUUCUUCCGCAACAAAAGCUCACUAGGAACACCCCACUCGUUUCCUCUAGAAGUAAGAACAACUUUUCUUCCGGCUAUUACAGGCUGUAUUUCGACAAUGAUAACCUUCUCCGUCUUCUUUUCGAUGGCCCUAAGAUUACCAGCGUCUACUGGCCAGAUCCAUGGCUUAACAGUUGGGAAGCUGGAAGAACAUCUUACAAUGACAGUAGAGUCGCAAUGCUCGAUCCUUACGGGAAUUUCACUUCAUCUGAUGAUUUGAAAUUCUUGACAUCCGAUUAUGGUUUGCUUCUGUUAAAUGGUCACUAUUCACCCAGUGUUGCUGGGGGGAUCCACUUUAGGCUCCCAAAAUUCAAUCUCUCCUCUUACAAAAUACCGAGGAUAGAGUACGCUGCCCUGCAAUGUCCAGCAAACGAAAUUUUGCUACCACGGACCUACGUAAGAAGAAAAGAGAGUUUGGCAAUCAAGAUAUUGCUCAUUUUCGUUGGGGCUAUAGCUGGAAUGGAGGCCAUAGUUGUACUCAUGGUUUGGUGCUUCUUAUACGGAACCCGCCCGGAGAAAGGUGGAGCUUACACCGAUGGAUGCCACACCGGGCCAACCGGGUUCAGGCGGUUCACGUACGAUGAGCUAAAGAAGGCGACAAGGAAUUUCAGCAAAGAAAUUGGAAGAGGGAGUGGAGGAAUCGUAUACAAGGCCAUGCUGUUGGAUUGCAGGGUCGCGGCGGUCAAGCCGCUCAAUGAGGCUAACCAAGGUGAGAACGAGUUCCUGGCGGAGGUGAGCACCAUAGGAAAUCUAAACCACAUGAACUUGAUUGACAUGUGGGCGUACUGCGCCGAAGGAAAGCACCGGAUUUUGGUCUACGAGUUCAUGGAACAUGGUUCCCUAGUGGAAAAUUUGUCUGCUCCAACUGAACUCGAUUGGUCCAAGAGGUUCGAAAUCGCAGUGGGGUCGGCUAGGGGGCUUGCUUAUCUUCACGAAGAGUGCUUGGAAUGGGUUCUCCAUUGUGACGUGAAAGGUUGGGCGCUCCCCAACCCCCUCCCGCCGCUCACAUCCAAAGUAGAUGUCUACAGUUUCGGGAUUGUGCUGUUGGAGCUGGUGACUGGCAGGAGUCCAACAGGAGGGCUUGCGAAUGCUGAGGGCGGUGAUGAGAACGAGAGCAGAAGGUUGACUUCUUGGGUGAGAGAGAGGAAGAGAGCAGGAGCUCCCAUGGAAGCAUGGAUGAAGGAGAUUGUGGAUCCAAGGCUGACAGGGGAAUGUGACGUGAGGAAGGUUGAAGUUCUGGUUGUGGUGGCUCUUCAGUGUGUGGAGGAAGACAGAGAUGCAAGACCCACCAUGAGCGAGGUGGUUGAGAUGCUUCUGCGCUACGGAGAUGAAGACGAAGAUGAAUUGAUACUAGAAUAAAUUGUCAAUGUCAGGUAAUGACCUUUGCAUAUUUUACAAGGUAAAAAUAAGUCACCGAAUGUUUCCUAGGAACUAGUCUUUGGAUGUAUGAAGCCGUGAAAAGUGUGUUGCUUUGCCUCUGUGUUCAUGCUACUU